AUGCUCACGGACGAUCCUAGCCCCGUCGUUCCCCCGUCAGCGCCUCACGCCCCAUGCACCGAGAAUCCACUGUCGCACUCUCCGAAUGAGCCUCCGCGCAAGCGUCAACGCACUCAAGGCCCCGACCCGGCCAGCGGACUCUCUCCCCCUCUCUACCAAGACGCCUCCACCAGCACUUCCAGCGACAGCUUAGACGACCUCCAAGAUUGCGAACACGCUGCGACAGACGCGAUGAUGAUUGUCAGCGACCCUGUGGUCCGAGAUGAGGCAUACUACAUAGAUGGCGCGGAUUGUGUUAUCAGAGUCGAAAACACACUGUUCAGGGUACACCGAUUCCUGCUCGCGCGCGAUUCGUCCGCCUUCCAGGACAUGUUCUCCCUCCCCCUCGGCGAAGGGAGCCAAAGCGCCCUCCAGGAAGGGUUUAGCGACAGCAACCCAAUCCGUCUCUUCGGCGACACCGCCCAGGAAUUUCGCACACUCCUCUCGCUUCUCUAUGCACUGUGA